AUGAGCUCGCCAGGAGUCUUAGCGGGCACUUUGGACUUGGACUUCUCAGCAGUGCUAGUGCUCCUAAGACUGGUGACACUGGAAGAGCAAGAGCAAACCUUCCGCACCAGGCGGGGCCUGUCAGACAGCAACGCGGGGGUGGUCCAGCAGGUGGCAGCAGAGAACCGACUUUCCCUGCCCGGGCUCGCCCGCAAGGUGGAGGCGCCCGGCCGCAGGGUUCUGCGCGCAUCCCGAAGCUGCCCCGGGGGAGCGGAGCAGCCCUGGGGCGCGCGGACUGGGCGACGGAGCCGAGGCCUGGGAGCCGAGGCUGCGCCCUGCCCGCCCGGGGCCUCCGGCCCGAGGGGUGCAGAGAGACCCGCUCUGGGGCGGCGGAAACGCGGGAACCGGGUGCGAGCGCUUAGGCCGCCCCGGAGCGGGAAGAGCCCGGAAAGAGGGGCCCGGGCCGCCCCCACCGACCUUGCUGGGGGUCCCGGCCCGCGGGCCUCGGGUGCAGGG